AUGAUAAUCGAGGAGCUGCCGAGUGGCCCGCAGGCGGCGGCGGAACUUGCGGCAAAAGGCGACGCGCAGUUUGUGGACGAGGAUUACGACGCGGCCGUGGAUCUCUACACGCAGGCGAUCAGCGCGAAUGGCGCGACUGAGACUCUUCUGUGCAAACGCGCAGCCGCGCACAUUAAGCUUGAGAAUUACACAGAUGCGGUGGCCGACGCGAAUGCGGCGAUCAAGCUGAACCCGUCGUACGCGCUGGCCUACCUGCGGAAAGGCGUCGCUUGUCACCACCUGGAGGAAUACGAGACGGCACUGGCAGCGUUCAAGGCGGGAGCCAAGCUGGAGCCGAGCAAUGCCAAGUUCCGCAACGGCAUUCGCAAGGCAGAGGCGGAGCUGCAGAGCCAAGAAGAAGAUAUGACCGUUGACGCCCCUACCUCCUCUGCUGCUCCAUCCACGUCAGAAGCUCCUGCGAGCGCCCCCACUGCUUCUGCUGCGCCUGCUCCCUCUGCUUCUGUCUCUACACCAGCACCAGCACCAGCACCAGCACCAGCCCCCCCUCCUAAGUAUAGGCACGAGUUCUAUCAGUCGGCCACAACAGUGGUGGUGACAGUGUUCGCCAAGGGCAUUGCAUUGGAGCAGCUGAAAGUGCAGAUUGGAGAGCAAGUGCUGAGUGUUGUGAUCGAGUCGACCAAUGACGAGCCGCCAUAUUUCCUGCAGCUGCGGCUGUUUGGAAAGGUGGACCCUGCACAGAGCAAGCACGUUCUGAUGAGCACCAAGAUCGAGGUGCGAUUGGCCAAGGCGGAGGCCAUCCACUGGACGGCUCUGGAGGCCACCAGACGACCGGCCGUGGUGCAGCCUGUGAACGUGUCCGAUGAAACUGCAGAGAAGCUGAAGCACAUGUAUCCUUCGUCCCGCAAGCAACAUGUGAACUGGGACCAGCUGGAGGCGGAAGUCAAGGCCGAGGAGAAGGAUGAGAAGCUGGAGGGAGACGCAGCACUAAACAAGCUCUUUCAAGACAUUUACGCGGGGGCAGACGAGGAGACCCGCCGUGCCAUGAACAAGUCGUUUGUCGAAUCAGAAGGCACGGUGCUGUCAACAAACUGGAAGGAGGUUGGGUCUGGGAAGGUCGAUGCCAAGGACUGA